AUUCCUCAUUCAUAUCUGUAAUUCAUUAAUGGCUGCUUUUUAAUUAGACAAAUUCAUAUUCGUUCAUCAAAUUAUCGCUUAUGUUUUGUUUUCCGUUGUAUUAUUUCUUCUUCAAUUACUUUUUAUUAUCUCAUUAUAGGUUGUCUCUACUUAAUUAAAGAAUGUGAAAUUAGGUAUUGAAUUACGUAGAUGUUACUUUUGAUUUUAUUUUAUUUCUUUCAAAAUGUCGUUAAAUUUGAAAGUGAAUUAAAUAGAGUUCAAUUUGAUUAUCAUAUGGAGUAAUAAUGUAAUGGCUAACUGGCAAUUUUUUAUGCCGCAGAAAUUUAUUUGGCACUCUCUUAUCAUAAGAGGAAGACGAAGAACCAGUUUAAUAUAUUUGGCCAUUUACAUUAGAAUUAAAUUUAAUUUUUGCACAAAUUGUUAAUUAUAUCCUUUGAUGUGCUGUCAUUUAUUGUUUGAUGCUCAAUUUAUUUUCAGAUUUGUUGUACCAAUGCUAAGAUUUUGAAGUUUCUUUAUCAUGUCCUUUUACUGGCAUUCUUGAUACACAAAUCUUGGUUCUUACUUUACAAGAUCACAUUUGUUACCCCUAUAUUUUAGCAGUUAAUUGCAAUGAAAGCUAAUUCUGCAAUUCAACUCUUGUUUUUCUCAUGUCGGUUUUGUUGUUAUGUUGCACAUUUUGAGUAUUUUCAGUCCCUCGUCAUGGCAUUCUUGAUACUAAACUCUUAAUUCUUGCUGCUUCUUAAAUCAUGCACAACUCUUGCCCCUUAUGAUUUCAGCAGUCAAUUGGGAUGAAAGCUAACUCGGGAAUCGCUCAGAAAGAGAAAUUCUCUACAGUAAGUGUUUUUAGUGGCUCCUCGGAUUAUAAAUGCAAUGAGCAGGAGGAGACUGCUUCAUUACCAGAACUUAGGGAACUGGAAGUUGUUUCUCUUGAACCUCAUUUAGUUGACGUGUGCAACAGAUCUUGCUGUCGGCCUAGAAGGAACUUGUGUCCUUUUAAAGGCGACAUUUGUAACAUUCUACCUUCAUUAUUGGGAAAGGAUGAUCUGGAAUAUCAAUUGGAUGUUAACACCAGCCACUUUGGUUUACUCAGCUUUUCACCGCCACUGCGUACAAAAAAUCCCUUAGUCUGUGAUGUAACGUUUGUUCAUCAAAACCUAGAAAAAAAUUCUGUACUCGGAAAUACCGUUGGAGAGAUUGAUCAUCGUUCAGGAGCAAAGGUUCAUCGUCAUGGAAAUUAUGAAAGGAAACCAAUUAUAAGGAUUGAAGGUUUUGAUUCGAAAGAUUCCAAGUCGAAUUAAUGGUAGCAACUGCAAAUAAUUGGUAGGUAGGUCAAGUGUUCUCAAUUCUUUCCCCACUUCAAUUUUAUUCAUGAUGUGGGUAGGGGAAUUAUAGUCUUGUAAAUAGUACAUACCAUUUCUCAGCUUGUUUCUGUAGACAAACAAAAUUAAGAAAUGUACAUGCUGAGUGCUGACAUUUUGUAUAGAGGCAUUAGGAAUUGGAGUAGACUUUCUUGAUUUAGAACUAUGAUGAUUGUUUGCAAUCAAACUUCACGAUUGUCGUCUGUUAUUGAAAGGGUAUAUCUUUUUUCAA